AUGCCGAUCCCCACGUGGGCACGCACCACCGCGCCGGCGUCCACGAAGGCCGUCUCCACGGGGCUCCCGCUGGCGGUUGCGCCCCCAGCACAACCCAUCUCGGCGCACCGGCCCUCGGCGGCAGCAGCCUGCCACGGGAGCCUCCCUCGGCGGCGGCGGCGCGUCCUCCCCACCUCGUCGCUGGCCGCUUUGCUGGAGGCGGUUUGCGGGGCGCCACACGGUGGUGGCGACGUCACCGGCGGCGAUGUGAACCUGAAGAGUAGCCGAGGAGGAGACGCGUCGCAGCAGGUGGCAGGCCCGGGCCGAGAGGCGUCAACAGCAGCUGCCACGGACUGGACGACUAUGCAGAAUGACGCGAUGGCGAUGCCCAGGGAGCUGGACGAACUACUCAUGAGCCUGUGGGACUCGGACAUGGAGCUGGCCAUGGGCUUCAGUUCCUGCAGCGCUCCUCCGAAGGAGGCGAGUGCCACUGCCUCUUCCCAAUAUGGCCUCUGGCCACACUGCAACUAUGGGGGUUGGCCAUCAUGCGGUAGAACAACCAAAUUCAACAUAGAUAAGGUGCCACCUUCUCAAACUUUCUUCGGAAUGAGAUGUCUGAAACACUUCAAGUGUGUCAUGUCAGCGCAAAUCAUUUUACUAUGCCGCACCUCUUAA